AUGUUUUUUUUUAUGUUUAUGCAACUGUUCAUGAUCACCAUUAUUAUUAGUUCGGGAUCGACUGUGGAUAAAAAAAAUGUUCUGUCUCCUCCAUUCGGACCUUUUGAUUUGGUCUUCAAACAGGUUUAUAAUUGCAAUCCUACCAAGAACAAUAAAAUCCAGCAUAACAUGUAUAUUAGUCACAGAAGCAAUUCAUCAUGGCUCCUUGGAAAUUCUACUCUUGAAGUACCUCUUGACGACACUUUUUUUUUGGAAAUGAAAAUGGCUCUCAAAGACGCAAAUGGAAUUUGGAAAGAAAAUGCAUUUACGCAUAAGACACCCAAGGCUUGCUCGUCGUUUAAAAAAUCAAUGGGAAACAUGUGGACUCCGUUCAUAUAUGGUGUAGGAUUUAAAAACACCGAUUGUCCAAUACUUCCGGGUAAAUAUGUAGCUCCAGGUUUUGAUUUGUCAAUAUUUACGAACACCAAUUUCCCAAAAAUAUUUAUUUAUGGAACAUACAAAUUGCAUAUGUUUUAUUCACGUAAAAAUGACAUUUUUGGCUGUUUAGUUUGCAUUAUGGAAUUUAAGCGUAUUUGAAUUGUAUUUCAUAUUUACUACGUUUUUUUACGGUUUAUUAAAUAUCUGAAUUUUAAUUUAGAAAAAAAUUCAAUUGUUUGUAUUUUUUUCAAGAAUUAUUUUA